UUCGACAUCUCAGUCGAUUAUUGCUACAUUCUAUGGCUAUGCCUUUUCCAAAUGACGAACACUCCUUAUCAAUAAAUUAUUAUAACCUGACUAAAUACUCUCGCAUGAGCACUCACCUUCGCUACGGUCUGCUAUGGUCUAUUGCGGGAAACCAAGUAAAGCGUGCUUAGAAUGCAGAGUGAGAAGACGAAGGUGUGACAUGACCAAGCCAUCGUGCGGGCAAUGUCUUAGAGCAGGGGCAGAAUGUACAGGAUUUCGUGACGUCCACUCUCUUCGCUUCCGGAAUCAGAGCGCACAGGUGAUACGAAAAGCCAACACUGCCCAGGCCAGUGAUAGUCCAGUCGCCACAGUUCGUAAACAUCAGCCAGGGUCUGACACUUCGGAUGAACGUCAACAGGGGUUAAUCCACUCCUGGGUGCAACAAUCCAUGCACAAGCUCUACGCCACUCCCUCCUUGCCCUGCAGAGAUCAGCAGCCCCUACAAUUCUUCAUCCAUCAUUAUAUCUCGGAAUAUGCUGCGCUGUCUUAUGGCCGUCGUAGCUCUUUUCAGUCCAUAUACUCUCAGGCACCAGCACAUGGGUACUUAUCCAACGUCGUUCAGGCCGUUGGCAUGGCAAGCUUAGCAAAUCUGCACCACUCCCCGCAUUUCCGACAGGCAGCAUUCAAAAGAUAUUCAUCGGUGCUCCGUGGUAUAAGAUUGGCGCUUACGGAGCCUAAUCACACAGUAUCUGAGCAAUUACUUGUCACCGUGAUGCUCUUAAAUCUCUUUGAAAUAGUGACAUGUGACGGGAUUAAUCUUUCCUCCUGGAACCAGCACGAGAGAGGUGAAUUAGCCUUAUGUUAUCUCUGGAACCUCAAUCAGCUACAAAGCCCGACAGGGCGGAAUAUCUUCAUACAUCUGCGCACAGAAGUUCUUAUCAACUGUCUCCAACAAAGAAAACCCAUACCAAGUAUGAUGCUUAAGUGGAUAGCUGAGGCCCGAAGGUUCGAGGAUGUACAGGAGACACCUGCUGGGCAAUUGGCUGAUAUCAUUGUGCGAAUCUGCGCUUUUAUAUCAUUCGUCAAGAACCCUUCCAGUACAGAUGCACUCUCACGAUAUAUUUCCGAGGUUCUCUCUAUCGACAAAGAGUUAGAGGCAUGGUCCGCGAAGUAUCAGAACGAGUCUAUGACUGCAGAUGAUCUCUCGCAUAACCUCUCGAUGAUUAACACCUGCAAUCUAUGCAAUUGUGCUCGCAUAAUCCUCCACGAAACACGACAUCAGGUCCUAUUACAGCGCCGCAACCUAUUCAGACUUCCAUCAUCAUCAUUCCACAAUCCCAUUCUCACCGUUUCCUAUACUGCCAUCCGAAAUAGCAUCAGGAGCAUCUGCUCCAGUGUUCCAAUUGUGCAAGCAUAUUUCAGGAACAAGCAAGGUGGAAUUCCGGCUGGAUGUGGCAUGACCCUGAUAUGGCCUCUUUUCGUUGCUGGAACUGCCUCGUCUGCUACACCAACUGAGCGUGACUGGAUAUCUCUGCAGCUGAGGCAGAUCGGAGAGUCGAAUGGACUUCAAAGGGCAAAGGUUGCAUCUUUACAUGUGGCUAAUUCGAACCACGGUUCUCACAAUAAUGGCAGCUCUUCCUAGAUGGAAAGCCUUGACAAAAUAUCCCAAAUAAUCAUGUUAACCUCUUCCUAGGUACUCACCAAACAUACACUAACGCAUCUACAAAUGAAACCCCCCUUUC